CUCUUCACUGACUGUGCCACCCUGGCACCCCUAAACUUUUGAUACCUUGAAUCUUCAGUUGUUUUACUUUUUUCAUUGCUCAUCUGGGCACCACAAGGCCACAUAAGGAGGGUGAGGUCCCUGGAGUGGACUAUAUUUUCAUCACUGUUGAAGAUUUUAUGGAAUUGGAGAAAAGUGGUGCUCUCCUAGAAAGUGGGACUUAUGAAGACAAUUACUACGGCACGCCAAAGCCUCCAGCAGAACCAGCACCAUUAUUAUUAAAUGUGACAGACCAGAUACUUCCGGGAGCCACUCCAAGUGCUGAAGGAAAACGGAAGAGGAAUAAAUCAGUGAGCAACAUGGAGAAAGCAAGUAUAGAGCCUCCUGAGGAGGAGGAGGAAGAAAGGCCUGUGGUCAAUGGAAAUGGAGUACUAGUAACACCAGAAUCCAGUGAACAUGAAGACAAGAGUGCAGGUGCCUCAGGGGAGACACCCUCCCAGCCUUAUCCUGCACCAGUGUACAGUCAGCCCGAGGAGCUGAAGGAGCAGAUGGAUGAUGCAAAACCAACUAAGCCUGAAGAGAAUGAGGAGUCAGACCCAUUGCCUGAUAACUGGGAAAUGGCCUAUACAGAGAAGGGUGAAGUCUACUUCAUUGAGUGA